GACGCGGAGGAUGGGAGGCGACGGUAGAAAAACUGACGCCAUCAGCCACAACGCCGGGAUCGUCGCUUGUGAGAAAAGUGGGCAAUGGCAGCGGUCGUUGUCACUGCUCGGCGAGAUAAGAGGGGCGGCGAUGGAGUCCAACAUCAUCAGCUACACCAGUGGGAUCAGCGCGUGCGGGAAGAGCUCGCAGUGGCAGAAGGCAUUGUCGUUGCUUCGUGAGUCUUGGAGAGCUAUGUUAGAUCCAGAGGUGAUGAGUUACAGUGUUUCGAUAUGCAUGUGCGAGCAAGGUGGAGAAUGGCAGCAGGUGCCGUCGCUGUUCACCAGGCUGUCGGAGGCGAAGCUUGGGGCUGUCAUUUAUCAGCUAUAG